AGCAUGUGGAGCGUGUGGCCGCCGUACCCGGUGGCCGCUGCACUAUCGGCAUUGGGGAUGUCGACCUACAAGCGGGCCACGUUGGAUGAAGAGGACCUGGUGGACUCGCUCUCCGAAGGCGACGUAUACCCCAAUGGCCUGCAGGUGAACUUUCGCAGCCCCCGGAGUGGCCAGAGGUGCUGGGCUGCACGGACCCAGGUGGAGAAGCGGCUGGUGGUGCUGGUGGUACUUCUGACAGCGGGGCUGCUAGCCUGCUUGGCAGCGCUGGGCGUCCAGUACCGGACAAGAUCCCCCCAAGUGUGCCUGAGCGAGGCCUGUAUCUCAGUGACCAGCUCCAUCUUGAACUCCAUGGAUUCCACGGUAGACCCCUGUCAAGACUUCUUCAGUUAUGCCUGUGGCGGCUGGAUCAAAGCCAAUCCUGUGCCCGAUGGCCACUCGCGCUGGGGGACCUUCAGCAACCUCUGGGAACACAACCAAGCCAUCAUCAAGCACCUUCUUGAGAACUCCACAGCCAGCAUGAGUGAGGCAGAGAGGAAGGCCCAAGUAUACUACCGUGCAUGUAUGAACGAAACCAGGAUCGAGGAGCUCAAAGCCAAGCCCCUGAUGGAACUGAUUGAGAAGCUUGGGGGCUGGAACAUCACAGGACCCUGGGACAAGGACAACUUCCAGGACACUCUGCAAGUGGUCACCUCCCACUACCGCACCUCUCCCUUCUUCUCUGUCUACGUCAGCGCUGAUUCCAAGAACUCCAACAGCAAUGUGAUUCAGGUGGACCAGUCAGGCCUGGGCUUACCCUCCAGAGACUAUUACCUGAACAAAACCGAAAAUGAGAAGGUGCUGACGGGAUACCUGCACUACAUGGUCCAGCUGGGAAAGCUACUUGGCGGUGGGGAUGAGGACAGGAUCCGGCCUCAGAUGCAGCAGAUUCUGGACUUUGAGACAGCGUUGGCCAACAUCACCAUUCCCCAGGAGAAGCGCCGGGACGAGGAGCUCAUCUACCACAAAGUGACGGCAGCCGAACUGCAGACCCUGGCACCUGCCGUCAAUUGGCUGCCCUUUCUCAACACCAUCUUCUACCCCGUGGAGAUCAAUGAAUCCGAGCCGAUUGUGGUCUACGACAAAGAGUACCUUGAACAGGUCUCCAGCCUCAUCAAAAACACAGAUAAAUGCCUGCUAAACAACUACAUGAUCUGGAACCUGGUGAGGAAAACAAGCUCCUUCCUUGACCAGCGCUUCCAGGACGCUGAUGAGAAGUUCAUGGAAGUCAUGUAUGGAACCAAGAAGACCUGCCUGCCUCGGUGGAAGUUUUGUGUGAGUGACACAGAAAACAAUCUGGGCUUUGCCCUGGGCCCUAUGUUUGUCAAAGCGACCUUUGCCGAGGACAGCAAAAACAUAGCCAGCGAGAUCAUCUUGGAAAUCAAGAAGGCAUUUGAGGAAAGUCUGAGCACACUCAAGUGGAUGGAUGAAGACACUCGGAAGUCGGCCAGGGAAAAGGCGGAUGCAAUCUACAACAUGAUAGGAUACCCCAACUUCAUCAUGGACCCCAAGGAGCUGGACAAAGUGUUCAAUGAUUACACUGCCAUCCCAGACCUCUACUUUGAGAAUGCCAUGCGCUUCUUCAACUUCUCAUGGAGGGUCACGGCUGACCAACUCAGGAAAGCUCCCAACCGAGAUCAGUGGAGCAUGACCCCACCCAUGGUGAAUGCUUACUACUCACCCACCAAGAAUGAGAUUGUGUUUCCAGCCGGGAUCCUGCAAUCUCCCUUCUACACACGCUCUUCACCCAAGGCCUUGAACUUUGGUGGCAUUGGUGUCGUCGUGGGCCAUGAGCUGACGCAUGCUUUUGACGAUCAAGGCCGGGAGUACGACAAGGACGGGAACCUCCGGCCCUGGUGGAAGAAUUCCUCAGUGGAGGCUUUCAAGCAGCAGACUGAGUGCAUGGUGGAACAGUACAGUAACUACAGCGUGAACGGGGAGCCGGUCAACGGUCACCACACUCUGGGCGAGAACAUUGCCGAUAAUGGAGGCCUCAAGGCAGCCUACCGGGCUUACCAGAACUGGGUGAAGAAGAAUGGGGCUGAGCAGACCUUGCCCACUCUGGGGCUCACCAAUAACCAGCUCUUCUUCCUGGGGUUUGCACAGGUCUGGUGCUCUGUCCGCACCCCUGAGAGUUCCCAUGAAGGCCUCAUCACAGACCCACACAGUCCUUCCCGCUUCCGGGUCAUUGGCUCUGUCUCCAACUCCAAGGAGUUCUCAGAACAUUUCCAGUGCCCACCUGGCUCACCUAUGAACCCUCACCACAAAUGUGAAGUCUGGUAAGGGGCGAAGUGCCAAGAACCAAGAAGGAGAAGGGGAAGAGCCAGAGGCUGAG